AUGGGAGCAGGAGCCAGCGCAGAAGAGAAGCACUCAAGGGACCUGGAAAAGAAGCUGAGAGAAGAUGCAGAGAAAGAUGCCAGAACAGUCAAACUCUUACUGCUGGGUGCUGGAGAAUCUGGCAAGAGCACCAUUGUCAAGCAGAUGAAAAUUAUUCAUCAAGAUGGUUACUCCCGUGAGGAAUGUCUUGAGUUCAUCAGCAUCAUCUACAGUAACACCUUGCAAUCUAUGAUGGCUAUUGUCAAGGCAAUGACCACACUGAACAUCGGCUAUGGGGACAGUGCCAGGCAGGAUGAUUCUCGCAAACUGAUGCAUCUAGCCGAUACCAUCGACGAAGGCACAAUGCCAAAAGAGCUGUAUGAAAUUAUCAGCCGUCUGUGGAAGGAUUCUGGCAUCCAGGCCUGCUUCGAGCGGGCCUCAGAGUACCAGCUCAACGACUCUGCUGGCUACUACCUCAAUGACCUGGACCGGAUUGUCCAGCCAGGCUACCUCCCCACUGAGCAGGAUGUCCUGCGCUCAAGAGUGAAAACCACCGGUAUCAUUGAGACUCAAUUCGGAUUUAAAGAUCUCAACUUCAGAAUGUUCGAUGUGGGUGGACAACGCUCCGAACGCAAGAAAUGGAUCCACUGCUUCGAAGGUGUGACCUGUAUCAUCUUCAUUGCUGCACUCAGUGCGUACGAUAUGGUGCUGGUGGAGGAUGAUGAAGUGAACCGGAUGCACGAGAGUCUGCAUCUCUUCAACAGUAUCUGUAAUCAUCGUUACUUCAUCGCAACUUCGAUCGUCCUCUUCCUCAACAAGAAGGAUGUGUUCCAGGAGAAGAUCAAGAAGACCCAUCUGAGCAUCUGCUUCCCAGACUAUGAUGGUAACAACUCAAUGGAGGAUGCUGGGGCUUACAUUAAAGCCCAAUUCCUGGAAUUAAACAUGAGGAGAGAUGUGAAGGAGAUUUACUCGCACAUGACCUGUGCCACUGACACAGAAAACGUCAAGUUUGUGUUCGAUGCGGUGACAGACAUCAUCAUCAAGGAGAACUUGAAAGACUGCGGUCUCUUCUAA